AUGUGGGUAGAGCCACUGGGCCCUUCAGCGCAAGUCUUCUCAAAGUUUGAGGCCCCAAAGCGUCGGAGACUGAGUAAAUCCUCCGAAUUCCCUUCGCCUACGCCCUCGCCAUCCUCAGAUGCAUGGAUUGAUAUCCAUCCAUCUUCGGGACCGGUGACACCAUGGAGCUGGUCAACUCUAUCAUCUCCCCGCGAGUAUAGAACCAUCACCUCGGGAUUUAGCCCCGUUAUGGAUGCAGAUGAACCCAGUCCCACGGAUAUUGAUAUGUGCAUCUCUGGCGCAGUAAUCCCACAACCUCAAGGAUAUAUCAGUCAUCUCUCAACCCAUGAGACCCACUACCUCCAGUACCAUAUGGAGCAGGGAUCUCGGCUACUAGCAAACCUGGAGAGCGAGGACAAUCCGCUGCGGUCCAUUUUGAUUCCGAGGGCGAUGUCGUCACCUCUAUUGAUGAAAGCCGUGUGCGCUGUCUCCGCUCUGCAUCUAGCAAACCGUUCCCACGGCUUCGGUGCACAUAACGCCGCAGUCAACUACUACAGCGGGACUCUAAAUGGCCUCCGAUCAGCACUUGGAAAGUGUUCAACGGAAGUUUUUCCCGACGAUGCUCUACUGGCUGUGGGGUUACUGUGCAAAUAUGAGAUCGUACGCGGCAGCGUCAAGCAAUGGGUUGUUCAUCUGAAUGCAUUGCAACGUCUGAUCGUUUCUCGCGGAGGGUUUGCAUCGAUGGAUCGAGACGCAGCUGAAUUCUUGCGUGGGCUAUUCGUCUAUGCUUACCAGAUGGCCCGAAUCAGCAACCACAACCGCAUCACCUCCGCAGAUAUCUGCGUCGAUAGCAACAUUGGUAUUCCCAAGUUGGACAUAUACAUCGGAUAUACGGAAGAGCUCCUCGAGCUCUGUGCACGUAUUGCAGAGCUUCCUUCGUUGAAGAACGACACCUUGGCUCUCCGCCUCACCGUUGCAUCCAUGUACGUCUUUUGCUCACUGCCAAGCUUUAAUUUAUUCCAUCCCACUAACCCACCCAGAAAUGAAUCCCUGCUGGUCUGGUCUCACACCUCAACGCCCUACAUAAUCCCGCAAGGCACAUCCCCGGCCACGCUAACCCGGCUACAACUCGUCGCCGAGUGUUUUCGCGACGCGGGCUUCACCUAUCUCCACUCGAUCAUGGAACGCAUCAGCAGAGACCAUCCAGAUACCACUCUAAUGAGUCCCAGCACUGAUCUUCCACCGCAACCGCCAUUUUCAACGCAUGAUUGGCUUCCUCUUAUUUCCACGCCAAAACAACUUGCCGUGCAUCGCUGUCUUGCGCGUGUUGAAACCUUUCCGCUGGAUGACCACUGCGAGUACUCGGCGCUCACGUUUCCAUUAUUUAUCUCGGGAUGUGAGAGUGAGAAUGUAGCCGAUAGAGACGUGGUACUUGGGUCUCUGGGCAAAUUGCAGGACAAUUUCGGUAUUGGAAAUGUUCGGCGUGCGAAGGAACUGUUGGGGAUCUUGUGGGCGAGGCGGGAUGCCGACGCCGGAUUGUAUGGGGCUGUUGGUGUGGAUCGAAAAAAGAUGCAUUGGUUGGAUAUUGUCGAAGAAUUGGGAUGGGAAUUAAUUCUUGCGUGA